CAUUUUGGAUGCACACUCCAUUGACCAUUCUCAGUGAAUCGCAGUGAAUUGCUUCGGCUGGUUUCGACGGCUGCAACGUUUGCCACUCAAAAAAUUACAACUCGCUUUACAUUAUCUUGGCUGACUAGCAGUGAACUGUGACAACAACAAAAAGAUGCCUGAACAAAUGGAGACUGCUCCAGCAGAGGUGGAGACCUUCGCCUUCCAAGCAGAGAUUGCCCAACUGAUGUCUCUGAUCAUCAACACCUUCUACUCUAACAAAGAAAUUUUCCUUCGGGAGUUGAUUUCAAACUCCAGUGAUGCUCUUGACAAGAUUCGGUACGAGUCCCUGACUGACCCAACGAAGCUGGAUUCUGGCAAGGAAUUAUACAUAAAGUUGAUUCCUAACAAAAAUGACCGAACAUUGACGAUCAUUGACACUGGUAUUGGUAUGACAAAACCGGAUUUGGUCAACAACCUGGGUACCAUCGCCAAAUCUGGUACUAAAGCUUUUAUGGAAGCUUUGCAGGCUGGAGCUGAUAUCUCCAUGAUUGGUCAGUUCGGAGUGGGUUUCUAUUCGGCUUAUCUUAUCGCUGAUAAAGUGACCGUUAUCUCUAAACACAAUGAUGAUGAGCAGUACCUUUGGGAAUCCAGCGCUGGAGGGUCAUUCACAGUUAGGCCUGACCCUGGAGAGCCACUUGGUCGUGGUACCAAGAUCGUCCUUCACAUCAAAGAAGACCAAGCUGAAUAUCUUGAGGAAAGUAAAGUUAAGGAAAUUGUCAAGAAGCAUUCGCAAUUCAUUGGUUACCCAAUCAAACUCGUCGUCCAGAAGGAACGCGAAAAGGAACUUAGCGAUGACGAAGCAGAAAUUGAGACUGAAGAAAAGGAGGAGAAUGAUGGGAAACCAAAGGUAGAAGAUGUUGGUGAGGACGAAGACGAAGAAAGCAAAGAUAAGGAAAAGAAGAAGAAGAAGACAAUUAAGGAAAAGUACGAAGAAGACGAAGAGCUCAACAAGACCAAGCCCAUCUGGACCCGUAGCCCUGACCAAAUCACUCAGGAUGAGUACGGUGAAUUCUACAAAUCCCUGACCAAUGAUUGGGAGGACCAUUUAGCCGUGAAGCACUUCUCGGUCGAGGGUCAGUUGGAGUUCAGAGCUCUGCUUUUCGUUCCUCGUCGUAUGCCCUUCGACUUGUUCGAGAACAAGAAACGAAAGAACAACAUCAAGCUCUACGUUCGUCGUGUCUUCAUUAUGGACAACUGCGAAGAGCUGAUUCCCGAGUACCUGAACUUUAUGAAGGGAGUCGUCGACAGCGAAGAUCUCCCUCUCAACAUUUCCCGAGAAAUGCUCCAGCAAAACAAAAUCCUCAAGGUCAUCCGCAAAAAUCUAGUCAAAAAAUGCAUGGAACUGUUCGAAGAACUGUCCGAGGACAAAGAGAACUACAAGAAAUUCUACGAGCAGUUCAGCAAGAACAUCAAGCUUGGAAUCCACGAGGACAGCGCGAACCGAACUAAACUUGCAGAGAUGCUCCGCUUCAACACUUCUGCUUCCGGAGAUGAAGUGUGCUCGCUGAAGGAUUACGUUGGACGUAUGAAGGAGAACCAGAAGCACAUCUACUUCAUCACUGGUGAGAGCAAGGAUCAGGUCGCUAACAGCUCAUUCGUUGAGCGCGUCAAGAAGCGUGGAUUCGAGGUGGUUUACAUGACUGAGCCCAUUGACGAGUAUGUUGUCCAACAGAUGAAAGAGUUUGACGGCAAGCAGCUGGUUUCUGUUACCAAAGAGGGCUUGGAAUUGCCGGAAGACGAGGCUGAGAAGAAGAAGCGCGAAGAAGACAAGGCCAAAUUCGAGGACUUGUGUAAGGUCAUGAAGACGAUUCUCGAUAGUAAGGUUGAGAAAGUUGUGGUCUCCAACCGUCUCGUCGAUUCUCCCUGUUGUAUUGUUACCUCUCAGUACGGAUGGACCGCAAACAUGGAGAGGAUCAUGAAAGCUCAGGCUUUGCGCGACACCUCGACGAUGGGAUACAUGGCUGCGAAGAAACACCUUGAGAUAAAUCCUGAUCAUCCAGUCAUCGAAACUCUGCGACAGAAGGCAGAAGUUGAUAAGAACGACAAGGCUGUCAAAGACUUAGUUGUCUUGCUCUUUGAAACUUCUCUUUUGUCUUCUGGAUUCACGUUAGACGAGCCCCAAGUGCACGCUGCACGUAUUUAUAGAAUGAUCAAGCUUGGUUUGGGAAUUGAUGAAGAGGAACCAGUGGUCGAGGAAGUAAAGCCAGAUGAUGAUAUACCACCUCUAGAAGGUGAAACUGAAGAUGCAUCGCGAAUGGAAGAAGUUGAUUAAGCAUAAACGCAUUCCACUGACUAAUAAACAUCAUAAACUCAAAGAUAUAUUUAAAGUAUUAAUUUUGAUUUUAUGCUGUUUAUUAAAUAGUGUUGAUUAAAUGUUCUUGUAUGGUACAAAAGAGGAUUUUAGUAUAAGUAUGACAUGAAACAAUCCGUUUUGUAUCAUAUAAGUUAUUUUACAUUUUUUUAUGUUCCAUGAAGUAAUAGCAGUUCUUUUUUUGAAUAAAUUCAUUUUUUAACGAA